AUGCAAAUGGUCCACGACGGUGGGCCGCCAAGACAAGAACCGCCGAUCGCGCCGAGGCGAAGGCCUAAAAGCAAAUUAGGAUGCCGAGAGUGUAAAGCAAGGCGGGUCAAAUGCGACGAGACUUUCCCCGUAUGCUUGCGCUGUGUCCGUCGCGGAUUAGUCUGCUCCUCGACACCUCGCCUGUCACAAUGGCAAAUCGAGACGCGCUGGUACUCGUCACACGUGGACACCAUCGUUAAUCGACGGCUCCUCCAAUACUGGCUAGAAAGAGUGUGUCAAAUAUUAGUCAUUGAUCCUGAAGACAAUCCGUUCUCGUUCCCUGUCUUGGAAUACAUACAGGAAUCCCCGGCACUGGUGCAUAUCAUCCAGUCCGUGAGCGCCCGUCAUGAACAAUAUUUUUCUGCAGAAGUGGCACGCAUUGCUCUCGAGGAGAGGGGGAAAGCCCUAGUAUCCUUCCGAAAGGAACUAGGGACUGGGCAGACGCGACCAUUACUGUCCAUGCUUACUGCGUUGCUACUGGCGCUGUCGCACGGAGCUGAUCGUGAUAUGACUGAUUUUGGUAAAUGGCAUCUGUUUGCCGCACGCACGUUGAUCAACAAAAUGCUCGAGGAUACAUCGCAUCCAUGGGAUAUGAACCCAUUAUUUAGACUGUGUCUGGGUAUGUAUCUGUACUGGGAUAUGGGAUGCUCGUACCUGGUGCACCCAGACGAACAGCAAGAUCUAGAUACACCAGGUCUAUCCUUGGCCGUGCAACAUAUUGGCCAUUGGCACCAUCCAAUGUACGGAUUCUGUACUGACCUAAUCUUCAUCCUGGGAAACUUGGGCCGGUAUUGUCGACAGCUCCUCUAUUCAGGGUGUCGGUCUUUCGCCCGAGAGGCACUUUUAGAAGAACAGUUAUAUCUGUGGAGCGCACCAUCAACCGAGCCUACCCUAACGCUCCUAUACGAGUCACUACGAAAACACGGGCUAAUUCUGCUCUAUCGAACCUGUGGAUGGAAUGAUGCCUUUAUUAACCCGUGCCUUGAGGAGAUUGGCCUGGAACCCCUAGUCCAUCGUUAUGCGUUAGAAACCAUCGAUCACCUUCUCAAAAUCCCAGCAUCCUCAAAUUACCUGAACUUCCAGUCUAUCCCACUUCUUACAGCUGGGUCAGAACUGAAGAGAGAAGAUAACAAACUGAGAGACGAUGUCCGGCAUCGACUUCGCGCGCUGUAUUCGGUGAAUCGAUUGCCUGUCAACCUUCACGCCUUUGAGCUUCUUGAGGAAAUUUGGGCAGCCCGUGAUAUUGGUAACGAUAAGUCAUCUUGGAUUCAUCAUAUGCUCCGGAGAGGGUGGUUAUUGGUCCUUGGGUGA